CCUGAAUCCGGGCCAAGCGUUUCUCUCUGUCUCUCCUCCCUCCUCCGAGACACUCAUCCGACCCAUUCCUGGUCCCUUUUUCUAAUUGUUUCUUUUUGGCGGGAGGGAGCCGCAGCUUUGCCUUUCCCUACACAAACUUUUGCCUUUCCUGACACUCGUUAACAGACAGACAAUUGACCUUUGGUUUUUUUCCCUUCGCUCAUCUUUCGAUCCCACACACGAGUCGCCCGUUUUCCAUUGUUGCACUGCCAUCAAAAACCGGAAUCGCUAUUCAUAUUCAAACAACGAAACAACCGCAAGGAAAACAAGAACCCAGGUCGUCGUCGGGAACAUGCGUGCCUCGACCGCGUCCAUCAUUUCGGCCUCGCUCCUCCUGGGGCAGGCCUCGGCCGCUCUUCCGCCCAUUGUCAUGAAGGGAUCCAAGUUCUUCUACGAGAACGGCACCCAGUUCUUCAUUAAGGGCAUCGCUUACCAGCAGGAUACCACCGCUGCCGGCGGUGACUCUACCAGCACCAAAGCCGUCGACUAUAAGGACCCUCUCGCCGACGAGGCGGCCUGCAAGCGUGACGUGCCCCUGCUCAAGGCGCUGCACACCAACACCAUCCGGACGUACCGCAUCGACCCGACGGCCGACCAUGACGCGUGCAUGAAGCUCCUGGACGAGGCUGGCAUCUACGUCAUCAGCGACCUGAGCGUGCCGGGCGAGUCGAUCAACCGCAACGACCCGCUCUGGGACACGGAGCUGUACAAGCGCUACACCGACGUGGUCGACAGCCUCAGCAAGUACAGCAACGUCAUCGGCUUCUUCGCCGGCAACGAGGUGACCAACGAGCCCAACAACACGCAGGCGUCGGCCUACGUCAAGGCGGCCGUCCGCGACGUCAAGGCGUACAUCAAGGAGAACGUGGACCGCUGGGUGGGCGUCGGCUACGCCGCCAACGACGACUCGAACAUCCGCGCCGACAUUGCCCACUACUUCAACUGCGGCGACCAGGAUGAGGCCAUCGACUUCUGGGGCUACAACAUCUACGAGUGGUGCGGCCACAAGACGCUCGAGACGUCGGGCUACCAGACCCAGAUCGACUUCUUCAAGAACUACUCGGUCCCCGUCUUCUUCGCCGAGUACGGCUGCAACCUGCCCGACGGCGCCGAGGGCCGCAUCUGGGAGGAGACGACGGCCCUGUACGGCAAGGAGAUGACGCCCGUCUUCUCGGGCGGCAUCGUCUACAUGUAUUUCGAGGAGGAGAACGACUACGGCCUCGUCAAGCUCCAGGGCGACACGGCCAAGCCGAUGAAGAACUACGAGGCCCUCGAGUCCGUCAUCGCCAAGGUCAACCCGACGGGCACCUCGAUGGACGCCUACGAGCCGACCAACUCGCCCGCCGCCUGCCCGGAUGUGUCCAAGAACUGGCAGGUCAAGGGCGGCAGCCUGCCGCCCAAGCCCGACGCGACCCUGUGCGACUGCAUGUACGCCUCGCUGUCGUGCGUGCCCGCCGACGACACCAGCACCAAGGACUACGGCGACAUCUUCGGCUACAUCUGCGGCAAGUUCCCGGACCUGUGCGCCGGCAUCAGCGGCAACGCCACCGAGGGCACCUACGGCGCCUACUCCAUGUGCAGCGCCAAGCAGAAGCUCGGCUACGUCCUGGACCAGUACUACAAGGAGCAGGGCAGCGCCAGCGACGCCUGCGGCUUCGACGGCAAGGCCACCCUGCAGGACGCCAAGGAGGACGACAAGUGCAGCAAGGCGCUCGCCAGCGCCAGCGCCGCUAACGACGCCGCCACCUCCACCGGCGGCGCCGACAGCGAGUCCAGCAGCAACGCCGCCUUCGCCGCCGGGCCCAUGCGGUCCGGCUUCGUCCUCGGCGAGCUGGCCGUCGGCCUCUACGUCCUCGUCGCCAUGGCCGUUGGCGCGUCCAUGGUCCUCCUGUAAAUAAGGAGGCCGGGGAUGGAUGGAUUCAAGUUUUUCUUAUAUAUAAAGCGAUCUUGGGGUUGUUUAUUGUGUCUGUGCGCGUGUGUGUGUUGGGGGGCGCGCUUGGUCAGUCCAGAUUUGCGGUGAAUAAAAUGUACCUUCGUGGCCGGCCUCCAUUUGGGUUUUCUUGCCUACUGUAAUCGAGUAAUGCCAAUCCUUAUUGUUCCAU